UGCUUUUUGAUGUUAUGUUUUUAUUAUUUUUAUCUUGUUUAUUUUUGUGAUUGAAAAACAAAAUCAAGUUGUGAUAUUAUUUUAUGAAAUGAUUUUGAAGGUAAGCAUAAAAUGAAGAACAGAAAAUUGUACAAUAUUUGUAUAAGCGUUUUGGAAGCCAAAUAUCUUGCUUGGAUAGAUAUAAAAACUUACGUUGAAAUUGAGAUUGAUGGUAAAAAGAAAUGUACAAAAGUGAAAGAAUGUUCAGAUCGACCAUUUUACAAUGAGUACUUUGUUUUUGAAGUGCAAAAAUCUUUAUUGGAUCUAAUGAGUACUGACAUUGAAAUCUCAAUGUACAAACCACGAGCAAAUUUUCGGAAAAAGAAAGUCCUGGCUUCAAUCAAACUCGAUAUCGGAACUAUUUGGAACAAAAAAGAUCACCAGAUCUACCAUGAGUGGUUGACCUUACGCCACAGAGCAAAAGAAAAGGGUUUCCUGCAGUGUGAUAUAAGAAUUUUGAGUGCCGACUCAGAACCUAUGCAUCACUUGUCACCAUUUGGAAGGAGUCAACUACCACAGAAAAAACAUGAUAUAGAUGAAGUUAUCAGUGUGGCAGUCUAUUUUCUGAGAAUAUAUAGAGGUGGAGAUAUGUACAACUUUAACCAAUCAAAGAAGCAUUCAAAAAUCAGUGUCAGCAUUACAUUCUGUGGAAUCACGAUGAAGACCAGUGACCAAAGAGAUACUGUCAAUCCAGUGUGGAAUGAAGAGUUCAAAAUUGUUAGUCCAUUCCCUCCUGCACAUUACAAGUUGAAACUGGAUCUUGUUAUAAAUGACAAGGAGGUAUCUUCUGUUUCAAUUCUCAUGGACGAAUUAUCUUGCACUCAUGAUAAGCAUAAAGGAUUCCUGCCUACAUUUGGACCAGCUCACAAAUACUUCUAUUCAUCACACAAUUCUUACCUCGGCUACAUUAUUUUCUCAUUGGAAACGAUUGAGAUGCGAGAUGCCAGAGAAGACAGUGAAAGCAGUGUGUCUAAAAGGCUCAAAAUUUCUGGUUUGGUUGAGGAGAAACAUUUUGGAUUUCAAUAUUUCUCCUGUUACUGUGUAAUCUACGAAGUUUCUAUGCUGAAUAAACACUUGUGCUCCGAGCAGGAGUUGACCAUUUCCCUGGAGUUUGGAAGAGAAGGCUUAGUUGAACAAAAUGAAACUAAUGUAACAAAGCCUUUAGCUGCUGAGGUCAGUGAUGGCAUUUAUUGCUGGCUUCCGUUGGAAAAUCAAAAGCCAUGUUUGUACGUGAAAGAUUUCUUGCCUGAUACAAGAUGGAGGCUGUUUAUGACCAAUAGCCUACAGAGAGUUUGUGAAAAUCUUAAAGAAAAUUCAACACAGGCAAAUGAUGAAGGAGAGGCCAACAAGAAAAUGAAACUUAUUAUCGAUUCUUUGAAAAUUUUGAAAGCAGAUUGCGAAAAUUUCAAUUUGAUUAAUGGAUCAACACAACUGGAUAAAGACAGGAUAAAAUUCAUAAAGAAUCUCGUGAGUAUAAUUACAACUGAGGCAAGUAAGAUUAAUAAAGCAAACAAGUUCAAGAAAAUCUACAACGAUACAAAAUAUUUGUUGGAUGUUUUGAAGAAAUUUGCCAGAGAUCCUCAGGACUCUCUUCCAUCCAUUAUUGUCAACAUAUGGAAACACAAUAAGCGGAUCUACACUGGCCGAAUCAAACCUGAGAAUGUCAUUUACGCAAAUACUCCACAUUUCUGUGGCAGCAGUUGUGGUCAACUGAAAACAUUUUUCUUAGAUGAGCUUGGAUCACAUCAGAAUGGAAGAAAGAACAGAGCAAAAAUGGCUGCCUGCAUAUGGAUGGGAGUCCAUUGCGACAAUGUGCACUGGACCCAAUCCUUGCCCAAUGGAUUCUCGUACUGUUCAUUCCUCCAACCUGGCAGCUUCUUGGAGAGGCAUUCUGCCUUCUCCAUCAGCGGCACCAGAAAUUCGCGGAGUACUGUUAGUUCCUCAAUCACUGAAGUUCCCUCCUGUGUUAAAUACCAGGAUUCCUUUGAUUGUAUUUGCCGGGUCUACAUAGAGCAAGCAUAUUAUGAAGAUCAAUCACUUUUCGAUACACCAAGUCAUAAUAGUGUGAGAGUUGUAUUCCAAAAUAGAAGCACGGAAACUCAAGAAGUAUAUGGUAUGCAGCAAAUCAUGUGGUCUGAAUCACUGAGCACGGCCCCAGUCAAGUUCUACGGCGAAAGAAGUUAUUUUGUGAAUCAUCCAACAACUAUUGUUUUAGAAGUUUGGCAAAAAAGGAAAAAGGUAUCUUUAGUUGGAAAUGUGUGUUUGGGAGUAAAAUUGAGAAGCGCUACUCCAUCAAUAGAAAGCAUGGAUUUGGAAUGUCAUGAUAUUGUAUUAGAAUCAGCCAGAGUGGGAAAAUUGUUCUUGAGUGCAGAGCUUAUUGAGGUUGAUGAAGAACGCGAGAAUUAUUUUUCUGAGCUUGAAAGAACGAAAUUCCCCAGUACUUCAACUGCAAUGUACAGAUUGGAAGUCUAUUUUUGGGGUGUGCGUGACCUCAAGCUUCAGCCAGCAAAAGUAAACACGAGUUUGAGGAUCACUAUUGGCAAAUACUCCAUAUCUUCGCCGCCUCUAAUAUCGCAUAGAGGGUUUACACAUUUUUCAAAACAAGAAUUGGUUAUUGAAGACAUGAUACUACCAAAAUCGAAACAAAUCUCUCCCAUGAUGAUAAUCAACCUGAUUGAUACAGUUGAGGAGGAAAGCGUCAAAUACACAGCCUGCUGCUCUAUUAAUAGCAUCCACGACAAAUUCGAUUAUUGUCCAAUUACUCCACAUGACUGGCGCAAAGUGCAGAAUGUAGACAAACAUGAUUUUGUUUCAUUGCGGCAGUCGUUCAAUUACACCGAAUUCACUGAUAAUCUACGGAAGAAGAGUUUUCUUGAAAAUAUCAAACUCAGACCUCCAGCUCUUCUAAUAGACAUAUUGUGGCUGUUGAAGCAAGGCUUCUUCUACGUCCUCUAUUCAGUAAAAAUGAUAUUUUCCAAAUAUCAAAUGCUGGACAACAAUGCGAAAUGGAUGAAUAGUGAAAAUUUGGCAGAACCAGCUAUGCGAGUGAGGAAAGAAAAGAACGAUUGGUGGACAAAGUAUUUCAACAGUAAAAAAACGGUAGAAAAUGUAAAUAAUCAUAGCAAUGAAGAUAGAGUUAUAACUGUUAUUCCAAAAAAGAAACAACCGCUCAAACUUGAGUUUUACACCGGAGAGUUAGAGAAUGAAUUUGAUGGGUUCACUGAUUGCUUGAAAGUUUUCAAAUUGGCUCAAUCAGAAACCGACGAAAGUCCAGAAAACACGACAUUUUGCAAAGUCAAGGCGGCUGUUGUGCUGUACGAAGUCCCAAGUCCCGACCAGGAGCUACUCACAAGAAACGGACGUCCUUUGAACGACACCAAUCACGUGUUGUCGAGUCACGUGGUCCCCUCCAACCGUUUCACCCCUGUUCAUCCCUUCUCCUCCCAUUCACCUGUUCUCUGGUCUUCUCCCCCUCUCUCCACCUCCUCUUUACCCCCUACUCCUCAACAAAGACUCUUGCUGCGCGUUUAUAUAGUGCAAGCCUACAAUCUAUUUGCUAAACAUGGCCAGUCUCUGAAUCCUUACAUCUCAGCUUCAGUGUCCAGUGCUUCACUUGAAAGAUUCGCCACAAAUUUGUACGAUCAGUCGAAUCCUUGUUUUGGACUGAGUUUCGAACUAAUCGCUGAGUUGCCGAAAGACUACGAGCUCACUGUUAAAGUUAUGAACUUUGUUCGAUUUGGCAAAAACGAAUUGAUUGGCGAAACCAAAGUCGAUUUGGAAAACCGAUUCUACACAAGACAUAGGGCAAGAUGUGGCCUACAAACGAUCUACGACACAAAAGGUUACAAUAGUUGGCGUGACCAGUUCAAGCCGAGUGAAAUACUUGAAAGUUUGUGUGAAGAUAACGACUUACCUCCGCCAAUGUUCAUGCCGCACUCUAUUGUCGUAGCUGGAAAUGAAUUUAUAUUCCCUCCGUUUGCGAAAGAUAUGAAAGAAGCAAUGAGCCUCAACUUGUUACAUCGCUGGGAGGAAAUUCCCAUAGUUGGAUGCAAACUUGUCAGGGAACAUGUUGAGACGCGGCCUCUCUAUAAACCCCAAUGUCCUGGUAUUAUACAGGGCUACAUUGAAAUGUGGGUGGAUAUGUUUGAUAUGAGUAAACCACAUCCUCUGUCCCCCCUGAUGGAUAUCACCCCAAGGGAACCACAGGCCUAUGAGCUGCGAGUGAUCAUCUACAAAACAUGUAAAGUGUACCUGGUGGACAACACUAUAUCAGUUGGCUACAAGCAUUCGGAUAUCUUUGUCAAAGGUUGGAUGCUAGGUAAAGCAGAUGCCCAAUGCACCGAUGUCCACUUCAAAUCGAUAACCGGCGACGGCGAUUUCAACUGGCGGUUCAUAUUUCCUUUCAAAUAUUUUACAGCCGAAGGCUGCUGCAUCACACUCAAUGCUGACAUGCAAACUUCGGCGUCGAAAAAAAGAAAUCAACUGACGAAAAUUCCACCGCGCAUUUAUUUGCAAGUCUGCGACAAGGAACGCCUCUUAGCCGAUCAGUUUAUUGGUCUGCUGUCGUUGGAUCUGCGGCAUAUGAUCAAAGGAGCCAGCCGUUGGUGGUUGUGUCAGUCGUAUGUGGACGAGUCUCCCAAAAACACUCUCAAUCUCUUUCAAGAGCGCAAAACUCGUGGAUGGUGGCCGUUCUAUGGAUCCCAGCGGUUUCGCCAGAAAAACAAAAUCACAGGUUAUUUGGAGGCUGAAUUUCACCUGGUUACUUACUUUGAAGCUUUGCGCUCACCUGUUGGUUAUGGACGCAAUGAACCUGAUGGACUUCCUGAUCCUAAGCGGAAGAUUGUGAGAUUUACAUUUUGGCUUCUUCCCUGCCGAGUGGUCCUGCACAUGAUUGGACUGAACAAGUUGACCAUCCUGUUUUUUCUGGCAAUUUCCGGCGUCAUUUUGUUCGUUUUGUUGGGCGUUUAUGCGAUUCCAUCGACCGUUGUACAGAGAAUGAUUGGUGGAAACUGACUUUCAGACAAAAAGUGUAAUUCUUACCAGUUUUUUUUUAAACAUCAAUCAAAAAACGUACUGCGGUUGAAUGGUUGUAAGAAGUUUCCUGACUUCUCAUAUAGUUUUACAUAUUUUUAUCAUACUGAUUUUCAAUUUCCAAUGAUAUGCUGUUCUACGUACAAUAAAUGAACAGGCCUACUUUUGUUAUUUGUAGAAAUAACACAAAUAUUUUCACAGCAAAUUAUGCGCUUUUUAUAAACCGACAUUGGUCAAACAUAAGCGGAGUUACCGUAUUUGAAUAGAUGGUAGUAAAAAUAACUAACCUUAUUCCCAAAUUUGCAGCAACUAAUUCAUUUAUUUGUGCAUGUUCGUGAUUUUUUUAUAAAAUGUUUCGUACAAUUAAAAUCAAUAGGUGAUAACACUAAAAUUUUUUUGAUAGAUAAAAAAGUGAAUAUUUUAAUCAAAUGCAUAAAAAAUACAAUAGUAUGUGAAAACGUGGGAUUAAUGAAUUUAUGACAGAGAAACUAGAAAUUCACAAACUGUGUUCACAUACAACAAUGAUUGUAAACAAAUGAAACAAGUUGUUUACCAAUUAGGCCCAGUUGCACAACCGCCUGUUAAAUUUUAAUCCUGAUUAAAUUUCACAAGAACCAUUCAGAGAAAGUUUUUCUAAAAAGACGGCUUCUCUUAUUAGUUCUUGUGGCAUUUAAUCCGGAUUAACACUUUACAGACUUUUGUGCAACCGGGAGCUAGUGUUGAAAAUUGAAAUUUUGGUACUGAAGAGGUCGGUUGCACAAACUUCUUCAAUCAGUUUUUCAGUUGAAAAUUCUAUUCUCAUUCCAUGAAACAGUGUCAAUUUUUUCAGAACAACGUUAUAGACUAUCCAUAAGUUGAAUAACACUGGAUAGCUCAAGACUUUGUUAAUAAAUAAGUGAAGAUUCGAAAUUGGAAUGUUCAGCAUAAAUAAUAGCCUACUUAUGAUGGAUUAAUAAUUGUCAACAAUUUUUUUUCAACGUUGAAAAAAACGUGGAAAAGAAGUAUCUUGGUUAGAAGCUCAAUUUAUAGUGAGAAAUCUCUAAAGGAAAAUGAAGGGCUAAUUAUUCUUAAAUAACAUAAAACAUCAAGUAAAUGAUCAACAUUUUUGGACAAACCUGUGUCCAAACAUGAAACAAAAUUGUUUCCAUGAAUUUAUAGCAGUUAUUUGGAACUCGAUAGCUUUAAUAGUGAUUAUUGAUUGAAUAUUUUCGAUUUGUAGAUUUUCUAAAUAAUAUGAAGCUACCAUAGGACUUAUCAAGUUUAUUGUUAAAGGUUUAGUUGUUUGUCUAGAGUCUAAAGUAUGCCCCAUAUUACUACAACCACCAUCUAUCAUGUGGAAUUAAGGUUUAGUAUAUUGAAUAAUUUACAAAGACGUUUAAUUUUAGUUGAGAGUUCCUGUGUAGUAGAUUAUGUAGUACAUUAUUCCAAUAACUUAUUUGCCAAAACUUAGUAACUUUUUAAAUUAGUAUCGAUUAGUGCGAUACAACUAUUGUUAAAACUAUUAGUGCUUAUGAUAAAUAAUAAAGAAGUAAACUUAAAAGACAUCCAAAAAUAAAAUUAAACAAUAAAUAUACAAAUGAAGUUAAACAUAAGUCUUUGGCUUAGAUAGAUUAGAAUUCAUUCACAUUAACAAAAUAAAUACAAUUCAUGGGAUACAAAAUUAAAAUUAGUAAUCAGAUUCGAUGGAGUAGGAUUCUUAAUUAAAGCUUUCGUAAAUUGAUUCAAAAAUAAUUGUAAAAUAAAUGAAUAAUAAUAAACUAGCUACUUAUAAUAGAGGUGGCAAGUGAUAAUUGAUAUUGUUUAAUUAAAUAAUAACAGUUCGAAAAAUUGAAAAAAUACAUAUAAGCAGAUUACAUCUUUUCAAGUUUACUAGAAUGAUAAACUGAAUAUUUGAAACAGUAAAAGCAUAUAAAGAACAUUACGUAUGUUGUAUGUUUAGUAUGUAAUAGCACAGAAAAGACCAAAUUAUCAACAUUCCCAAGUAUUAGUUCACGAUUAAAAAUGUUAUGUUAGUAAGAGAACAAUCAAAGCAUAGAUUAAUUUUUAUUAGUUAAAUCAAGAGACACGCUGAAAAGAGCUGUAAUAUAUUAACAAGAAAGUAACCUCCAAUUAGCAAAUGCAACGUCUGUUUAUUUGACUGAAGAACACUAACUUAAGAACAUUUAACAAAGAAGACAUUUCUAAAAGAUUGCAUGAAUAUUCUAUUUUUUCUUGACAAUGUUUUUUUAAAGAAAUCAGAUUUGAAAAAUUCAAUUCCAUCUUCUUCUGGGUGUUUUCUGUGAAACUUUGUUAUGAUUGAAGCUUUCAAGUUACAGAUAGAAGUUGUAGUAUUGACAACGCAAAUUAAAGCUAAACAGACAAUGAGCUAUUAAUUUUUGUACAAAACCGUUAACAAUUUUGAAAAAAAUUAAGCAGCACUAUUAUAUUGAAACUAUUAUACUACCAAUGAAAAUAGCAGCAGAAAUUUUCAUCGAUUUUAUUAUUUUAAUAAUACUUUAUCAUAAUGAUUAGAAAUCAGGAGGUGGCAAAAAUUCUAAAAUCACAUUAAGAAACAAGUAGACGUGUUAUGUAAAAUAAGGUUUAGAAAAACGGUCAAUCAUCAAUCACAAGCGAUAAGGGUUGUCUUUGUAUAGCUCUGUCUUUUCUAACGUUA